ACAGAACCGCCGGCAGCUGUUGUUAUUUCUAGAUAGACGUGGCAUUGCUGUGAAUUCGGCGAUUUAGAGCUUGCCCCGGCGGAGAAAUGAAGUCGCUCUUGCCCCUGUUCCUCAUUUGUAGCUUACUUUUUGAUGGCGUGCUUAGUUAUUUCAUCGUGGUGGAUGCCCACGCUGAAGAGUGUUUCCAUGACCGAGUAGCCAAAGGAACCAAGAUGGGUUUGACGUUUGAAGUUGUCGAAGGCGGAUUCCUGGAUAUCGAUGUCAAGAUCACUGGCCCGGACGGGAAGGUUGUGUACAACGGCGAACGGGAAUCGUCGAAUAAGUACACGUUCGCCGCGUACGCCGAGGGGAUGUAUGCGUAUUGCUUCAGUAAUGCGAUGUCUACCAUGACACCCAAGACCGUCAUGUUCUCAAUGGACAUCGGAGAGGAGCCGAAGAACGAAGAAACCGGAAAGCCUGCCGCUGACGCCGUGACUGGGGCUGCCGGUGACACGAAACUCGAGGACAUGAUCAACGAACUCCACACGGCCAUGACCGGCGUGAAGCACGAACAAGAGUACAUGAUGAUCCGAGAUCGAAUCCAUCGGUCGAUUUCCGAAUCCACGAAUUCUCGAGUUGUCAUUUGGGCUAUCUUCGAGAACCUGGUCAUUUUCGCCAUGACAUUCGGACAGGUGUACUAUCUCAAGCGCAUUUUUGAAGUUCGUCGACUAGUUUGAGCAGCGGACAGAGGAAGAAUGUUAAUAAAUAGGAUCCAUUCGAGCGGGGGGAGGGAAUUCCUGGGACGCAAUGUGAAAAUGUUCGAUAGGGAUUUGAUGCCAUCCAUCACUUUUCGGGAGGCAUAAUCGCUGAGUUUAUUCGUCUGGUUAGUCUACGUCGUCAUUUCCUUUUUAUCUCAGAGAGAAUGAGCUGUUCGGUGCGAGAAAUGCAUGUAAGUAUUUGAAUGUGAUUUUUGAAAAUAAAGCGAAAAACUCUGUGGAUUGAUGAUUGUCUCUUUCAUGAUGAUGCAAUGAAUAAUGAUGUCACUCUCAUAUUUUUUCUUCGGAACCUGUUGAGCUUUAUUGCUUCCGCGAUCUA